CAGACAAAGAAAAGGAGCGCCCGAACAAGAUGCCGCGGUUAUAUAAGCGGCCACCGGCUCCCUCGCUUCGCUUCCCUUCCCGCCACGCCCAUCAGCAGCAAGAAACCAGCGCGUCAUACGAUCCGAUCCCACUGCGCACGGCGCGCCACCGCUCACCGCCAACCCCUGUCCAUCUGCCCCCGGCCAGCCCCUCUCGAUCGCCGACGGCGAUGACGCGCCCGCGCGCCGCGGCAGCCUUCCUGCUGGUCCUCCUCACAUCCGCCGCCGUGUCCCUGACCACGGCCACGGCCACGGCCGGCGGCGGCAGGAAGGGCAAGCACGGCCAGCAGCAGGCCAGCGUGUACAUGGUGAUGGUGAAACCCCCCGCCCAGGGCGUCGACUGCGAGGCCUACCAGAUGGGCAUCCUCGCCACCGCGCUCGGCAGCGAGGCGAGAGCCAAGGCGGCGCUGGUCUACAGCUACAAGACGGUCGUCAGCGGGUUCGCCGCCAAGCUCACGCCGGCGCAGGCCGCCGCGUUGCAGAAGCAUCCUGACGUUCUCCAGGCGCUGCCUGACGUGAAGUACACCCUUCAGACCGACAGCAACCACCUCAACUGAGUGUUUCAGCUCUUCAAACAAGACAAUUAAGACACAUAGUUCAGUUCAGUACUGUGAUCUGUGCUUCACCAAGCAUUACCCCGUAAUAUUUACGCGCGCGUGUGCACAGCCUAGGUGUCUGACAGUAGAACAAGCUAGUUUACACCACCAGAGGAUUUGGUGUCAUUGUUAUACGAUGUUCACUACACACGCCAAAGUAUACGUCUUGUGUACUGCCGAGGGUAAUUUAGUCGCCUCUUUUAUAACUGCUGAAUGUUGUAACUGUAAGCCCAAUCAUCAAGUGCCCUAUACAUAGAUACAAUCUGGUGGCCAAGAAGCAUAUUUGUCACCAAAAAACUUUGGCAUAGUGAUUGGAAGGCAUUUGGCACCAGAUUUUCCUACCUGUAAUUCCUGCUGUGUUUGCAUUGAUAACACUGCGGAUGUGCACGAGGCUGCACAUGAGGGGACUGACAAGAUUUCGGCCACAUGUGUGGUUUGUG